AUGGACGAGACCUAUAAUAACGACUUUUGUCAACAACUUCAGAUAUCAAAGGAUCGUAAUGCCGUACGGAACAGGAGGGAUUGUGGUGUCACCGCCGAGACUUCCGCCAGUCUUAUUGAUAACUGUAUGGGACGCCGUUUGUUUCCUGUGGGGAUACCAUGUCAAACGGAGGAAAAUGACACGGGCUUAUCUUCACCAAAUGCAAAGACUCUUGGGCAAAGUAAUCAUGAUGAUGGAAACAGACAUAAAAGCUCGUCCAACGACGAUAAACAUCACCGGAAAACAACCAAAACAAACAUCACCGAUACACGACAACCACAAGCUGAUAACGAAUUCGAGAGUAGAAAAAAUACCAGCGUUGCAGUGGUGUCGUUCGAAUGUUGCCCUAACAGAAGAAAAAUCAAAGCGUUUGAACCAUCAUUGGGGGAACUGUUCCGAGUCGGUUCCUUUGUGGGCACUUUCGGAACUAGUAAAUGGACAACAGAGGAACCGACGACACCAUGUCAUCUUGUAUUCCCGAACCGUUUCCCUACGCCAAAAAUUGAAAAUCGUACUCCCAUGUAUAAUGUGUCAGAAGAUAAUGGACCAUGUGAAUCAUCAGAUGCAUGUAAUAGUUCAUUCAUGUUAGUCGAAAAGAUCAAGAAUGGAUAUGACCGUUAUCGUAUUGCAACUUCUGUUUGUCAUGAUAUCUGGAGUGAAAGUAAAGGAUUAGAUAUUACUGAUCUUACUGAUGAUAUGGAGGGUAUCAAAGAGUUUGGCUUUAAUCACAUCAUUGUUGUCGGAGAACGUGACUACGGAAUGCUUUUUCUUGACUGCUACGGUCGCAUAUUUGAUUGGGACCAUAUUAAUUUUUUAUUAUGGCCACUCGGAAAUUAUUUAGAGAAUAAACUGGAUGAACAUAAGAAUGUGGCAUGGAGUGUAGAAAAUGGGAGUGUUACUGAAUUUAAAAUUG